AUGAGUAUGGUGAUUCGGCGGCACAUGCGCGGCCUUACAUCUGAUGGUCGGCAUAACAUCCGACGGAAGAAGGACCUGACACGCUACACAAGCUAUCGCGUGCAGCGAAUAGCUGGGUUGACUCACGACAACCCCACAGAAGAGAUCAACAGACUCGGCUUCCUGACGCCGCUUACGGACCUGCAGGACUCCUCAAACUUGCCGCGAUCUGCGAAUCACAUUCGUUUCAGAUAUCCCCACACCCUCAGCUACAAGGUUUACUGGGGUCCACCGACCGUCUACGAUGAGCCCAAUGAGUUUGAAGGCUCAAUGGUUGGUUGCACCGUGGCAGUUCGCCUCUGCGAUCUCCCGCUUACGCAAAGGCAAAAGGAGCGUUUGGUUGACAUCGUCGGUCAAGAUCGGGUUUGCGAGAAGACGGGCGUAAUCACGCUGGAAGCUGACCACUUUCCAGAGCGGAAUCACAACGCCGCUCUCCUCGGAGACAUGUUGGAGCAGCUUAUGCGGGAGGCCGUGCUGGCAGACCAGCAGAAUCCGGCUGUCGAGUAA